AUGGACAAAGAGCAGAGAGGAAAAGAGCACAACGUUAAAGAAGGAGAAGGACAAAAGGAUGUUAGUUACAGAGGCGUCAGAAGACGGCCUUGGGGGAAAUUCGCGGCGGAGAUUCGCGACUGUAAUCGAAACGGGGCUCGGGUUUGGCUGGGGACGUUUAAUACUGCGGAAGAAGCUGCCAGGGCUUACGACAGAGCCGCUUUCUCAAUGAGAGGCCCAUUUGCGAUUCUUAAUUUCCCGGAUGAGUAUCCGACACAGGAAGGUUCUUCUGCUUCUGCUUCUGCUUCUGCUUCUGUUUCGUCGUCGUCUUCUGCGCAGCAGGGAAGGGAAGUUUUUGAGUUUGAAUAUUUUGAUGACAAGUUGUUGGAAGAUCUUCUUGAUUUCGACAACAAAGGGAAAAAAGAUUGA